GUUCGGAUUUGUUUUCGAGUCGCGUGUGCGAGGUGGCUUUUUUGUGUCCUCGAAAUCGUGAACAAUUUUGGGCUGUUCGAGUGGCUCUUGAUCGUUUUACGUUAUCUCGUCCAAAAAACGUAAGCCCCCACAACAGUUACGCGGUCCCCAAUAUGGCCUAAACAAAGGUAAAACGCAGAUCUCGAGGAUCACAUUCAUCAUCAGCAACUAGCAAGACACGCGAUUCGGAUCCAUAUUCAUUCAGUCGUGGUUGUGUUUCUCUCUGACGUGAACGUAGCAAGCGGUUGUCCUCGUGCCGAAAGGAAAACGUGUGAGAAAGAGUCAGUGCGAGGUCGCAAAAGCAGAUACCAAUCGCAAGAAAGACAAAGAGAGAACAUGUCUCAAAAACACAGCUGAAGUUUUUUUUUUUGGUGAAGAACAAGGAGAAACGUCAAACAAGAACGAGAGCGAACACGGCGAGGGCAGAGCACCAGAAAGGGAGCGAAAUCAAAACAAACCGACUAGCGGUUUACGACACGGUUGUCUCUCACGAAGGAUUGCUCGCACGGUAGUACGCUCGCACCCAUACUUUCAUUCAUUGAUCCGGACACACCACCAGUCAUUGAUAGCGGUAUCAUAACGGUGUGAGUGCUCGGCUGGACCGGACCAGUGUUGCCAUUUUGUAAGAACCCCGACCAUUAUUCCUGCUUAUUCGAUCCGGUAACACUGCUGCCUUCACCACGACGAAGUAGUAGUGCAAGGGGUUGGAUCUCGCUUGGCCAGCUCUCCCUCACAGACCGUAGGGGUACGAACAAAUCGACAAAAGCUGCAAGUGCCAAGGAAAGUUUUUCCCUGAAAAUUUAAAGUGAACCCAAUAUAGAACAGCAGUGUGGCUGGCAGGUAACUAAUUGCCUAAUCCUUCCGAUGGAAGUCGCCAUCGGUUGGGAGCAUUAAAAGCACAGCCAGUUGUCAGCAGGUACCGGUUGUUAUCAACACUCUACGGUCGUCAAUAAUUGUUAGCAGGUCCCUUGUUGUGUUGGGCAAAUAGAGAGCAAGUAUUUAUUUAAGACAUACAAUCUAUCAAAAGUCACAAAUAGCCCGUUCAAAACAAAAUGAGUAGCAGAGACAGUAUAAGUUUGGCGAAGUUGAAGGGUCAAAAAUGGCGGCUUUUUUCCGACAUUCCUAGUAAAUGGACUGGUUUGGAUUCUGAUGAUGAGGACAUUCCAAUAAGUGAACUCAGUGGAGAUCACCGCAGCAAGUCCUCCAAGUCGCACGGUAGCCACCAUAAAAGCAGUAGUCGAAAUUUGUCGGCUACGUCACUAGGAUCCCAUGCUAGUAGUAAUACUCACCGGAAUAGUGCCACUAAUCGGCAGAGAGGGAGCGUCAUGCGCUUGGAUAAGUCUGACAUGGGAUUGUACGGAUUAUGUCCAGAAACCGACCCAUUCUAUGCUGUAAUCUGUGAUAUUUGUGGCAGCGUGGUUAAACCACAGGGCCUUCAGAAGCAUAUGAUAAACCGUCAUCAUUCCUAUUACAGCCACGCGACCAAGAAUCUAGCAUUGCUGUUACACAGUAGUAGGGAUCAUCACCAUAACCAUGAAACAUCCCGCAGUACCGCCAGCUCAAACGAUUCUAGUAGGACCGAUAAGCUGUACCAAUCUUCUGGUGGGAGCUCAUCAAAGCACGAAGAUUUGGAUAAUACACCUCUCAAGAUCCGAAGUAGUAGUUCGAGCUCAAAAUUAAAAAGCAAAAAUGGCAAAAGUGUAUCUUCAUCUCACAGUUCCUCGCAUCACAACGGCAAAUCUUCCAGCUACAGCAGCAAUUCUAAAUCGUCCACACAUGAGCCUAACCCACCGACUGAUUCAAGCAGCACUGUUCCCGCUUCGCGCGAUUACCACAAACACGAAUCUGCUUCUAGUUCAAUCUCCCAGGCCAGUAGUGGCAUUUUAGAUAAGAAAGCCUCCUUCACUUCUACCUCAUCCGGUGUGAGCAGUGAUAGCCCAUCCUCCAUCAACGCAUCGCCUUCGGGAAAAGGAGGCAAGCGGAGCAGCUCGAAGGUGGCUUCCUCCGCUUCAUCGUCGUCAUCAUCCUCAUCGUCGUCGUCAUCAUCUUCCUCGUCAUCCUCGUCCAGUACGACCAGUGGCAAUGGUAGCAGCAGUAGCAGCAGCAGCAGUAACAGCUCCCUCUCGGCUGCCAGCCACAAAACGCAGUCUUCCACCAGUAGCGAUCGGAAAAAUGAUCGGCGGGAAUACGAUCCGGAUAGGCACUGCGGGGUGGCCAGUGUGGACGGCAAAAGGCACUGCACUCGUCCGCUAAACUGCAAGUCCCACACACUGUCGUCGCGGCGCGCUGUUUCGGGUAGAAGCAAAGCAUUUGACAAACUGUUGUCGGACCAGAAGACCAGUGGAUCAAGUAAAGAUGAGAACUUUAUCGAAGUGGAAUCAUCAAGCAACUCAUCCUCGGGCUUCGAAGUGCGUUCAACAACUGUCGCUACGGAUCCAACCUUCAGUGUAACAAAUGAAAGCUCUCAUCUACUGUACACUCCAGAGAAGUCUAGUCCACGCAAUGAAAGUGCUCCAUCUACUCCAAGCAGCCUGAAAACUACGAGUAGUUGUAGCAUUGCGUCGUCACCAUCAACAAAAUCAUCAGAAGGCAAAAGCGAACGAUCUAAACACAAAGUUCGGUCAUCUAGUUCAAAUUCAUCCAAAAACAAUGUGUAUCAUGAGAAACCUGUAUCGAUGCAGCCUCAACCAGCUCUGGCACCACCACCAGCUGCAGUUGCGCCAGCACAGGCCUGUUCCGUUACGCAGCAGCAACGACUUCAACAGCCACCGCAACAGCAAAUUUCUAUCCCAGCGGCAGCAGAAAUUCUUGCGCAGCAUUUCGUGGAAGAAAACCCUAACACGGUUCUUUCAGAUGCCACGAUAGUAAUGGAUCCUAACACUAACUUACUGAAACUCUCCGUUUCUGGAACCCUACACCCUGCCACCGAGAACGAAACUCCUGAAGACUCUAUCCAGCAAUUCACUACCAAUCUAAUGCAGGAACAACUAACAGUUACGGUUCCACUAUCUGUGAUAUCUUCAAUGAAUAUUUCCGGAGCCAACCUGGUCAACGUUAAUGCUGGGAACGACGAUCCAAAUGCUAUAACAAAUACAACGACUACCUUGAACGGUGGAACCACGGUUACGAUGCAUGCUGGAGAAAUUUUGGCUGGCAGUGGCGCCACAGGGGAGACGGGCAUGGCCAACCCAGAACAAUUUAUCCCUGCUGAAUUGAUUAAUCAAAUACCGUUGGUGCAGGCAGCGGACGUCACUGAACUACAUGAUCCCAAUCAAUAUAUAACAACGUCAACGGGGCAGGAUCUAAGUGAACAUACGUUGAUCACGAACUUCAACGACCAAAUCAACUACACGAUUCAAACGUUGGCACAAAACCUAAACGCAGAACAAAUGGCUGGGCAAACGUUGCAGACAGAUCUUUCUGAAAGCAUAGACGACAUAGUUCCGACGAUUAAUUUGCUUCCGGCGACCGCGAAUCCACUUGUUCUGCCACAGCUUCAAGCCGACCUAGCGGACUCCAUCAUACUGACUCCAAAUCAGUUGACCACAAUAUCUCAAUCGUUGGUUGACCAACAUUUCAUUGAAAACGUUACGUUGAAACCAGAAUUGGAUAUAUUGACCGUAAAUACGCCGGUGGAUAUAUCUAAACUGAACCUACUGCGAACUGUGGACAGCGAGUUUAUAAAAGAACGUCAGCAACAACAGCAGCAGACUAACGCUCACAUCGAUGAAUUCCGAGGAGUGAAAAUGUGGUACAGCAGCCUACCUAAGCCACUGCACGUCAACAAUUUCCAAUUGCGCAAAUUGGGCGGAGGGUACGUCGUCAACCGGAAGCUGCUUAGCAUCCGCAAGAAUUUAGUCAAUGAAUCUAACAACCUAGCCAAGUCGCUGAACUCCCAGCUGUCGCCCAUUGGAGGUCCUCGAAGUGGGCUCAACUUCAACACCUCCAACGCGCGAUCUGGAGACCUACUUUCCCCUAUUUCCGGAAUGAGCAAAAACAAAGACACUAAUGGCGGCCUAGGCCUGCCGGGAUCCCCAGUGGGUAACCGCCUAGGCCAGAUAAACCGUGGCCAGCGACGGCUGAUACUGCCCCAGGCUUCUAUUAAGAAACCAACCGAAAAGACUUCAUGCUUGCUGAGCAAUGCAUACUUUAGGAAUCUAAUCAGCUCUAUGCAGCAGCAGCAAUCCCCUAGCCACCAGUCCACCAGCGGCAGCUGCAGCAACCAAAGUUUGAAGCGACCUGCCUCUUCGCUGACGUCGUUAUCAAACAAACGCCUGAAGAUCAUAAACAACAUGCAAAAUUCGACCGCCCCACCCCAGAUGCUCCUUCAGGGCAGCGGAAAAGUGAAGCCAAAAGUAUUAUAAUUAGUGAUUAGGAUCUACAAUCUCGACAGCUCCGGAGGCGACACCGACGACAGCGAAUAGAGAGUUCAAGAUCCUGGGAGUACAGAGCAACACAUUGGGAGAAAAGAAACUACACUUAGUCAUUCGAAUGCUAGGCACUUAAUUAGUUGGUACCAAACUAAAGCCCCGGUUAGCGUGAACUUGCUUGGCGUAGACCGGCAUAUUAUGGACUGAACGAAGUAAAAAUAAUGUCUGUCUCUAUGUAUACAUGCAUAUAAAUAAUUAAUCAAAAUCAUUGAACAAACACUAUGGUAGAUAUAAUGACAAAUUGAGGGCUCGUUUUGGGAUGACCUUAAAAAUAUUACUUCUGUUAUUUUUUGAUUUUUUUCAUUUGUUGUGAAAAUUUAGUUUUUUUUUUCAAUUAGAAAUAGCGACAGUUGUAUUGAAACAGUUUAUUUAUUUUACAAAAGAAAAUACAAAAAAGUGUAGAACUCAGACUUUUUAUUCAACUUCUUACUAAAAGAACUAUCUUUAUCGAAAAAUUCUUUUGAAAAAAAAUCCCAACAGAAGUCCCUUAGAGAGAUUAUUGUUUAGCAUCUUGCUUCCGCUGACGAGCAGAUUCCUAGAUGACUGUAAGUAUGUUAGACAGGCACUACUACCUUACUAGAUUAUUCGAAUGAUGGUAAAGUCCGAAAACCAUUUCGGAUUUUUUUGAAACGUUGACUUGACGUGUGGCAAGUUAUUCCUUAAGAUUUACGGACAACGCACUGAAUGCAACAGCUCUUAUUCACACAAUUGUCCAUUGUGGAGUUUGAGAAUCAUCCCAAGAUCAGACAAUGGAAAAAGUUUAAAUUGCAAAAUCGAAGCAACUAGCACUUGAACAAACAAAAAAAGGUAAGACAAGACUAAAAAGUGAAUGACAAAACUAUGAUUCUGUAAUUCAAUCUCUUUUUGAAAUGAGUCCAAAUACACAUAAAUCAUAAACUCAAA